GCUGGACGAGUGUGCGAGUUUCGUUUUUUCGACACUCUUUCGCGCUCUGUAGUGGUGUGGAAAACUGUGUAAAAGCCACACAUUUCCUCUUUGCCUCAGAAGUCAUCGUCACUCAGCCGCCGUCAGUUUAUCGGGAACGACUUUACGUGCCGCGGAGCAACAAGUUAACAAGCAAACAAUGACGUCAAAAUCGCAGCCCUUCGACUCAAAUUGCAUGACGUUGACGCGAUUUGUUCUGCAGGAGCAGAAGAAAUUCGCCAACGCCACCGGAGACUUGUCUCAGCUCCUCAACUCCAUCCAGACGGCCGUGAAGGCAGUGAGUUCGGCCGUGAGGAAGGCUGGCAUCGCCAAAUUGCAUGGAAUCUCAGGAGAAACCAACGUUCAGGGCGAGGAAGUGAAGAAACUCGAUGUCCUGUCCAAUGAACUCUUCAUCAACAUGCUGUCCUCCUCCUUCACGACAUGCCUGCUCGUCUCGGAGGAGAAUGAGACCGUCGUCGAGAUCGAAGUGGACAAGCAGGGAAAGUACAUCGUGUGCUUCGAUCCGCUGGACGGUUCCUCCAACAUUGACUGCCUGGUGUCCAUCGGCUCAAUCUUCGGGAUCUACCGCAAGCAGUCUGAGGGCGUGCCCAGCCUUCAGGACGCUUUGCAGCCGGGGAGACAGAUGGUGGCCGCCGGGUAUGCGCUGUACGGUUCCGCUACGAUGAUGGUCCUGAGUCUGGGCACUGGCGUGAAUGGUUUCAUGUACGAUCCCGCCAUCGGGGAGUUCAUACUCACGGAUCCCAACAUGACGAUCCCCGAGCGCGGAAAGAUCUACUCCAUCAACGAGGGCUAUGCCCACGAGUGGGACGCCUCGGUGUUCAACUACGUGCGCGACAAGAAGGACCCGGCCAAGGGGAAGCCCUACGGCGCUCGCUAUGUGGGCAGCAUGGUGGCCGAUGUGCACAGGACGAUCAAGUACGGCGGGAUCUUCAUCUAUCCUGCCACAGCGUCCGCCAAGAGCGGCAAGCUGAGGCUCAUGUACGAGUGCAAUCCCAUGGCGUACAUCAUUGAGCAGGCUGGCGGCCGCGCGAGCACUGGAAAGAUCGACAUCCUGGACGUUGUGCCUACCAAAAUCCACGAACGCUCACCCAUCUUCCUGGGCUCCAAGCUGGACGUGGAAGAAGCCCUGAGUUACGUCCAGUAGUUACCACAAUGGCCUUUAUUGGCUUCUUCACAAAUAAAUCUCCGCAGUUCUCAAUAA